AUGAAGCGCAAACUACCCAUGUCGUCCUUGAUAAGAAAGCUUCAUCUUCAACCAUCCAAAGCGGGAAACAAUGUGCAUCACACCAAGGUCCUGCCUGAGAACUAUGCGAUAUUCGAGGAGGACACACCAGUACGCGAAGUGUCCAUCUUUUCAGCGGCGUGUGCCGGCGACGAAACAGCAAUAAGCUUGCUCCUCGACGCAGGUGCCGAUAUCAACCAGAGAGAUGAAUCGGGGAAAACACCACUCGCACUUGCUGUCGAGCGAGGCCACCAAGCGACUGUAUUACUACUACUUCACAGCGGCGCCACUCUUGAAUCGAAAGACUACCUCAGUCGCACGCCACUCUUUCACGCCACAAACCCAAGUAUUGCCAAACUUCUCCUCGAUGAAGGCGCGAAUGUGGAUCCGCAAGAUCUCAACGCCCGAACACCCCUGUCCAUAGCGGCAGAACUAGGAAACGAAGACGUAGCCAGAAUUCUGCUUUGCUAUGGCGCCAAUCUUAACAGCAAGGACAGACUGUAUUGGACUCCAUUAUCAUGGGCUUUCGAUCACAACCAAGAAACCAUGGUCAAGCUACUGCUUCAAAGCGGGGCCGAUCUCGAACAACAAGAUCCGUUCGGACGAACACUAUUAAUAGUCGCAGUCGAGACAAAACGCGAAUCAAUGGCAGACCUCCUCAUCAGCCAAGGCGCUUAUCUCGAAGUCCGAGACCAUGAAAAUCAAACACCACUCCUAUGGGCCGCUCACAAUGAACAUGAACAAAUGGCCAAGCUUUUGAUUAACAACGGUGCAUGCUUAGAAGCUUGCGAUGAGUCUGGGCGUACAGCGUUACUGCUAGCUGCUGAAGCACGGCAUAUCGCCAUGGCGAGGCUCCUUGUCAAAGCAGAUGCAUUUCUCGACAUACAAGAUGAAUUUGGAAGGACGCCGUUGUUAUGGAGUGUUCAGUAUGGUGAAGUCGAGCUGAUAAAAUUGUUACUUGAGAGGGGGGCUUGUUUGGAAGUUGAGGAUACCAAGUAUGAGCGGACGGCGCUGGCGUGGGCUGCGAGGAGGAAUGAUACCUCUGUGACGAGGCUGUUACUUGAUUACGGUGCUGAUCUCGAGGCGGAGGAUCGUUAUGGGCAGACUCCGUUGUCGGUUGCUGCGAGGGCUGGGAAUGGAGAUGUUGUUGCACUUUUGAUGGAGAGAGGUGCUUAUGUCGUGGCGGAGGAUUAUCAUGGUCGGACACCAGCGCAGUGGGCUCGGAUGGGUGGGUAUAUAGUUGUGGCGAGACUUCUUGAUGGAUCGGCUCUUGCUAAGGCUAGGAGUGAUCGGGUGGAGAUUGGUGGAAUAGCUAGUAUGGUGGUAGCAGUUGAUAAUUCUCGUGAAAUAUAA